GACUGUGCUGUCACCACAACUGGUGAGAGAGAGAGAGAGCGUGAGAGCGAGAGGAGAGAGUGGAUAAAAGCAUCGGGGGUUUGGAGUUUGGACUUGUGUCUAGACAGCGAAAGGGACGGCAGAGGGAGGAGAGGGCUCAAACCGCCUGCCUGCUGCCCUGCACCCCGCGCCCACCCCACUUCUUCCACUUCCACCACCUCCUCCCCUCCAGUCCCCCUCUCCACCUGCCCCCCGCUCCCUGGUCCGGCGCGGAGAACCAGCCAGCCAGCCCGUCGUCGCUGUCGCCCGCCGGUGAAGCAGUAGCCGCGCGUGACGCCGGAUCCAAUCCGCGGCCCUCGCCGCGCGCGCGGUCAUGGACUUCGACGGCGCCAUUGGCGAUCAGGGUGAGCUGUGGGAAUGGCAAAGUCAGGAGUAUGGUCUGCAGAAAGAUUUGUUAGCUGCUCCAUGUAGCAGCUUGUGGGCUGAAGCACCCAACAAUAUGGGUGAUGAUUGGAGCAUGUUUGAUGAGCAAACACCAAUUAAACAUUGUACAGACUUCGAAUUUCAGUUCUGUGAUAUAGGAGAUAUCAUCGUCAAGGAGUUUGAAGAAGGGAAGGAAACUUUGCAGGCAAAGCGCAGACGCAUGUUGCAGUUCUGUCCAGAAAAUGUUGAGAUGACACGUUCUAUGACUGAAGAGGGGCUUUUGGAAAGUCUUCAGGAGAUGGAUUUUUCAGGUACCAACUGUUUACUGAACUCUGACGGGACUGAUGAACUGCCAGAAGAAUGGCUAGUCGAUUGCUCACAAGACACCGAGCCUGGUUUUCCGGCAGAAGAAAUCCCUGCUGCUGCCACGGAAAAAGAUGUUGAUACGUCUGCACAUCAGAAUGCUUCGCCUAGUCAACAGUCUAUCGUAGUCAACAACAAUCGUGCACAGGCUAGACCUACACCGCUGAAAGCUGGCAAGAGCAUCAUCGGGGCAAAGAAGGCGAGGACAUCCGUGGCCUUCCCUUUCGAGCUCAUCAAGCCGAGCAGCAUCCGCGGCGACGUCACCCUGAGCGACAUAAACGAGAAGCUCCACGCGCCCCCGCCGUACAAGAUCAGGCACAAGAGCGACGAGGAGCCCAGCUCGCUCCAGGCCUCGGCCAUCUCGGGGAAGCCUGUGGUCCACAAGACGAAGAUCCACACCGAGGGGGGCAAGGGGAGCAUCACGAUCACCAGAACCAGAGGCUAAGCUGACCAUUUGCGGUUGUGACACCUGCACUGCACAGUGGCGGCUAAUAGUUCGACUGGCCUUUUUGCGUUUCUGGUGCUCUGGGCUCGUCUUCGUCCCCAGUUGGUUUUGUUGGCCCAAGAGGUGCAUGGCCUUAUUAGUGGAGUCUAGAGUGCUUAUACUAGGCAGCAUUUACUGGCUUGUGUGGGUGGGCAUCUCUGCCUGUGCUUGCUGUUUGUGGGAGAGAUAGAUAUUAGACGCGUAGUUGGGUUGGGUGUUGGAUCACGCUUGUAGUAGGGGUGUCGCAGCUGUGCUUUGGUUGGUUUGUGUUGUUGGGAAGGCGAAGUAGUAGUUGGUUUAGCUUGAUUAAUUAAUAUGGACAUAUUGAUUUGGUGAGGCUAUAUAAAUCCACGGGAUGGAGGCUUGACGGUUUUUUU